UGCCGGGCUGCCAGCCGAGUCGCGCGCCGGGACCUACGUGGGGCAGAGAAGUCAUGGCUUCUCCGUCCAAAGGCAAGGACCUGUUUUCGUCGGAUGAGGAGGGCCCGGCGCUGGUGGCCGGGCCGGGCCCGGGGCCCGGGGGCGCCGAGGGGGCCGCGGAGGAGCGCCGCGUCAAGGUCUCCAGCCUGCCCUUCAGCGUGGAGGCGCUCAUGUCGGACAAGAAGCCGCCCAAGGAGGCGUCCCCGCGGCCAGCCGAGAGCGCCUCCGCCGCGGCCACCCUGCGGCCGCUGCUGCUGCCGGGACACGGCGCCCGGGAAGCGCACAGCCCCGGGUCGCUGGCCAAGCCCUUCGAGACCGCCUCGGUCAAGUCGGAAAACUCCGAGGAUGGAGCGGCGUGGAUGCAGGAGCCCGGCAGAUACUCGCCGCCGCCGAGACACCUGAGCCCGACCACCUGCACCCUGCGCAAGCACAAGACCAACCGGAAGCCGCGCACGCCCUUCACCACGUCCCAGCUGCUGGCGCUGGAGCGCAAGUUCAGGCAGAAGCAGUACCUCUCCAUCGCCGAGCGCGCCGAGUUCUCCAGCUCGCUGAACCUCACAGAGACCCAGGUCAAAAUCUGGUUCCAGAACCGGAGGGCCAAGGCGAAAAGACUGCAGGAGGCCGAACUGGAAAAGCUGAAGAUGGCCGCGAAGCCCAUGCUGCCCUCCGGCUUCAGCCUCCCUUUCCCCAUCAACUCGCCCCUGCAAGCGGCCUCCCUUUACGGAGCGUCCUACCCCUUCCAUAGACCCGUGCUCCCCAUCCCGCCCGUGGGACUCUACGCGACUCCUGUGGGAUAUGGCAUGUACCAUCUCUCCUAAGGAAGACUGCGCCACGGACUCCGGACGAGGCCUGUUCCAUGGGUCCCCCGCCCUCGCCAGGAAGCAGCGCGCCAGCACCCCGCUCUGCAGACCUCACGCGCACCGCCCCGAGCCGCCAGGCUGGCCGGCCGCAGCCCAGUUCGUCCUGGAGGCCGCAGGCUCCAAGCUCCGUUUUCUUGGCGUCGUUUCCCAGACACCCCUCUCCUCCCACAAAGAUGGGCUCUGACGGUUUUAUAUAUAAAUAUAUAUAAUAAAACAGGACGCAUUUUUAUA